CGUCCAGCAGCUGAUCGGUAAUCCAGAAGAAGUUUCCCCUCAGUUAGGGGGGAGCUCCACUUUGAAGCAGGAGACUCCACAACCACCCUGCAUUAAAAAGGAAGAGGAGGAACUCUGCAUCACUCAGGAGGGAGAGUGUCUUCUAGGACGAGAGGAAGCUGAUUACACCAAGUUUCCACUGAGUAUUCUCUCUGUGAAGACUGAAGAUGAUGAAGAGAAACCACAAGUAGACAACCUCUUAGCUCCACUAUCAGAUAGUGAGGCUGAAGACGCGGUUGAAGAACCUUUGAGCAGCGAUAAAGACUGUGAAGGUGAUAUGAGGACUCACACUGACAACAAACACUCUGAAUGCUCUACAAAGAAGAGAGGUAAAACAUGUUUGAGCUGCUCAGUUUGUGCUGAAAGUUUUACUAAAAAGAGCCAUUUUAUUGAACACAUGAGAACACACACAGGUGAAAAAACAUUUAACUGUUCAAUUUGUGAUAACAAUUAUUCUUUACAGAGCAUUUUGACUAAACACAUGAAAUCACACACAGGUGAAAAACCAUUUAGUUGUUCAGUUUGUGGCAACAGAUUUUCUCGAAAUAUCAAUUUGACUCAACACAUGAGAAAACACACAGGUGAAAAACCUUUCAGUUGUUCAGUUUGUGGCAAAGGCUUUUCUCGAAAUAUCAAUUUGACUCAACACAUGAGAACACACACAGGUGAAAAACCAUUUAAUUGUUCAAUUUGUGGUUACAGCUUUUCUCAAAACAGCCAUUUAACUCAACACAUGAGAACACACACAGGUGAAAAACCAUUUAAUUGUUCAGUUUGUGGCUACAGCUUUUCUCAAAACAUUAAUUUGACACAACACAUGAGAACACAUACAGGUGAAAAACCAUUUAGUUGUUCAGUUUGUGGCAAAAGCUAUUCUGUUAAGAGCACUCUAAUUCAACACAUGAGAACACACACAGGUGAAAAACCAUUUUGUUGUUCAGUUUGUGACAAAAGCUUUUCUGUUAAUAGAAAAUUGACUGACCACAUGAAAACACACACUGGAAUAAAACCAUUUAGUUGUUCAGUUUGUGGUACAAGCUUUUUUUAUAACAGCUCUUUGUGUCGACACAUGAAAACACACCUGGAGGAAAACCAUUUAAAUGUUAAGUGUGCUGUAAAAGGUUCCCACAUAAUGCAGACACAGUAAAACACAUAAAAACACACAAGGGUAAAUAGGCAAUUAGCUGUUUAGUUUGUGGUAUGUUGCUCAUAUGUGGCGACAUCCACCCUACCCAGGACCUCCUCACUGCUUCUUUCACAAAUAUCUGAGGUAUUCAUACUGUCAUGUCUGUUGAUCAUGAUUUUGUUUGGCCAUGUGCUGUUUUGUUUUAUUAGCCAAGUUUGUUCCCCGCUUUGUGCGGCAUUUUGUUUAUACUUUUUAUAAUCUAUUAUUAAAUCAUGUAUUUACCUUCA